AUGAAUAUUUCAGCAAACUGCCUCUUCAGUGGUUCCUCGUUAGCAUCUGAAGUGCAUGCUGCUGCUGUUAAUGGAGAUAAGAAUACUCUCCAAAAGCUAAUAGCAGGAAACUCUGAGCUGAAAGACAAAGAGGACCAGUUUGGAAGAACUCCACUUAUGUACUGUGUAUUGGCUGACAGGCUGGAGUGUGCAGAGGCAUUGCUGAAGGCUGGAGCUGACGUUAACAGAGCUGAUUGUAGCCGAAGAACUGCUCUCCAUCUUGCUGCGCAGAAGUUUGGUUUACAUAAAGGUGGCUAUAGUAUGGUCACAUUAUUUACUAAGGAGCAAUUGAGUAGAGAAGCAUUUGGGAGGAUUAUAAGAUACCAGAUACCUAGAUACCAGGAAGAAGCUCUUUAUUACGAGGAUGGUGAAAUACUGAAACAGGUUGCCUGGAGAGGUGGUGGAGGUCCAUCCCUGGAGCCAUUCAUGGUCAG